AUGGUUGGGAGCGGAGCGCCUGAUUUCUUCUACAAAGAGGCUCAACGCCUAGGCUACGUUGCUCGCUCGGCGUUCAAAUUGGCUCAGAUACAGAGACAGCAUAACUUAAUCAAACCCGGUUCUUCCGUUCUCGACUUGGGCUGCGCUCCCGGUUCAUGGCUUCAGGUCGCUUGUCAGAGCUUGGGGCCAUUCCAUAACGGUGGCUUCGUUCUCGGCAUCGACCAUAAGAAAGUUAAAGUCCCUCAUCUUCACUGUGAUUCCAGGGUUCAAACUGUUUCUGCUGAUGUCAUGACCCUCCCUAAACACCAACUCAGAGACCUUUCUCCUAAGCAAAAAGGAUUUUCUGUAAUACUCUCAGACAUGUGUCCGUUGGUUUCUGGAAUCACGACGAAAGAUGCUGCUUUGUCAUUUGAGCUAGGGAUGCGAGCAUUAGAUUUGGCUGUUGGCAGGGUUGGUUCUGUUUGUAAUUCCGAUGCUGAUAAUCAAGACAAGGAGCCAUGUGAUGAUCCAUCGAGUUCAGAUGACAGGGGAGUGUUGCGAGUUGGAGGCCAUCUUGUUAUCAAGCUUUUGGAAAGUGAAGAUGCCAAAGAAAUCAGCCAGAUUUGUAAACCAUUGUUUGCCAAGUCGUCGUGGUUGAGACCUAAAGCCACUAGACCUUCGUCGAGAGAGAUCUAUUUGAUAUGUCAAGGUUUAAAGCCGGAAAUAAAGAUAUAG